AAUUGCCACUUCCUCAUAAUUUCCGCAGUGUUCAGGAACUAGACGUCUGAUUUUUAUUACCGUUUUACAUAUUUUAAAGUGUAGAAUAUUAAGACUGAGUAAAAUUUUAAUAAAAUAGUUUGUUUAGUACUUGAGGUGAUAUUGAAUCUUUGUUAAUAUCAGUAAUAGUACAAAGUACUUAACGCCGGUAUAUAGCCAUGACGUUCAAUAACGAUGUUAGCACUCAAUUCAAAGAAGAGUUUACCAGCGCGGAUAGCAAAAGACUUGGCGAAUUUCUUCUCCAACGUCUGACGGAAUGCGGUUGGACAGACAAACUAGAAGAGGUCUAUGCUCAGAUCUUGAAGGAAACCAAAGGCAUGAAUUUACCGGAGAGCGUAAUCCUGGGCAAAUUGAACGCUCGCGCUGCGCCACUCAUUCCGAAGUCGGUGAAGAGGGAAUUCAGGGAAAAACUGAAGGCAUACCGCGGCGGGCCGCGGGUAGUCAGCGCCCCGAACGCAAGUAACCAGUCUCACCCGCGGGAAAAGCCGCUGCGCGUGCAGAUUAACAUUCAUUUAAUGAUCAAGAAAGUUCCCGAGACUUAAAUAUUUGCUGAUAGCACUGACCAUUGUCUAUCGCUCAGCGAAUACAUUCCUCGUUUUAAUAUUUCUUUACAAUUUGCCGAUGAGUUGAUUGUUCCUAAACUAUUGUAGUUUGGUUUUAAUGUGAUAAUUUGUUCCAUUGAGAUCAGGGAUUAGUAUUAUAAGUUUCAGAGAUACAUUUUAAAGUGUGAUAUUUUUUGUAAUAAUUGUAUUAUUUUAAGUUUGGCUUUAAGCCGUGUGAUGAAAGUUGAAAACUAUUUGUAUUUAUAAAUUUAAAUUAUAAAUUUGCAGAAGCGAUUGAUUUAGGUAUGUAUUAAAUUAUAAAAGGUAAUCAUUUUGUCCAAAGGUUAUUUUUUAUGUCCAUAUUAUAUCGGCAUAUAUUUUUAAACUAUUACGUAAUACGUUUACUUAACUUUUCUAUAAGUGCCAAUUUAAUACUUAUUCCUUUAAAAUAUACAAUGGUCUUAAAACACAAACAUAUAUACUCGAACCGUGUAAUCAUUGUAGGAUAAUCAUUUUCUAAUAUGCUAGUUGUAAGAUAGCAAUGUUUUUCAUUGCCCGUUCAAAGUUGAUCUUUUAUUCAAAUAUUUUGUAGAAUGGUACGGCAUUACGAUUAAUACAUCAUUGCCAUGGAAUCUUCCAUUCGAGAUGCAUCUCAUUUUCGGUCGAUAAUUAUUGUCAAACAUUUUUUAAAUUUUUAUGCAGUGUUGGAUUAGUUAGGGGGCACAUAGACCGCGGAGUAAGCGCAGCAGUGGUCUACAGCGCGGCACAGUUGCAAAAAGUGUCCUUUUUUAUUGGACGCUGCACAUGCGGGGCGGCACAAAGUAGGCUAUACUUGGGGAAAGUAUAAAUCCGGCACUGGUUUUAGGUAGUGGAGUCUGGAAAACUCCAUUUAUAUAUUAAUAUUUUAUUUAUAAGUGAGGAAAAGGGUAAACUUCAUUUUAAAGACUUGAUUUACAAAAUUUUAAUAUAAAACGCACAAUGUGGCGUGCAUUAUUUUUAAUCUUAUACAUUCUGCUCAAAUACUGUCGAGCAAUGUUUUUUUUAUUAAGUAGUUAGAGUAGCUGAGUCACCCAUUGUAUUAGGGUAUUCCAGUGAAUAAUCUUAAAACUUUUAAUAAAAUAUUUAAAAGCAA